AUGACAAGCUUACCAUUUACUCUCAACGAUCCAUCCCUGCUCCAUGAAGCGUCACUACUCAAUGGAAAAUGGGUACAGUCGAAAUCUGGGAAGAAAUUCGAUGUAGAGGAUCCCGGUACCCGCCAGGUCUGGGCGUCAUGUGCCAAUAACGAGGUUAAUGAUGUUGACCAGUACGUUGAGACGUCGUAUACUGCCUUCAAGUCAUACAGGCAAAUGAAUCCUCGUUCGCGUGCGAAGAUUCUACUGAAAUGGCAUGAGCUUAUCACAGAGGCUCGCGAGGACAUCGCCAAGAUUGUUGUAUAUGAGACCGGAAAGCCAAUAGCAGAAGCUAUUGGUGAAGUCGACUAUGCUCUUGGGUUUGCGUGGUGGUUCGCAGGCGAAGCAGAGCGUAUCCGUGGUUCAAUCGCCCAGCCGUCUAUUUCCAACCGCCGUACCUUUGUUGUUAAACAACCGAUUGGCGUGAGUGUUGCACUCGUGCCUUGGAACUUCCCUGUGGCGAUGAUUAUUCGCAAGGUUGCCGCGGCUCUGGCAGCCGGGUGUUCCAUGAUUGUCAAACCAUCUCCAGAAACGCCAUUCAGUGUGAUGGCUUUAGCAGAUCUGGCUCUCCGUGCUGGACUACCUGCCGGUAUACUUAAUAUUAUCUCUACAGAUAAUACUAAUACACCCUCAGUCAGCGAAAGGCUUUGCAAGCAUCCCUUAGUUCGCAAGGUCACCUUUACUGGGAGUACCGCCGUCGGUACUAUUAUUGCGAGGCAUUGCAGCGAGGGAUUAAAAAAGGUAACAAUGGAACUUGGAGGAAAUUGCCCGUUUAUUGUCUUUGAUGAUGCAGACCUGGAUCAGGCUAUUGCAGCCUUAAUGAUCCUGAAGUGGAGGACUGCCGGCCAGGCCUGUACGCACGCCAACCGAGUUUAUAUUCAAAGUGGCGUGUAUGACGCCUUUGCCCAGAAGACGCUGGAAGCAACGCAAAAGCUACAAGUUGGGCAUGGCGCUGAUAAAGGGACGACUAUGGGUCCGCUAACUAUUGGCCGUGGAAUCGAGAAAAUCGAAAAGCAUGUGGCAGACGCGGUUAGAAAAGGUGGGAAGGUCCUCUGUGGUGGGAAAAGGCCGGACAACCUGCAAGGGUACUUUUUUGAGCCGACCAUUAUCUCCGGUAUGACAUCUGAUAUGUUGACGACCAAUGAGGAAAUAUUUGGACCCCUUCUAGGUCUCUAUAAAUUCGAGACCGAGGCCGAGGUUAUAGAGAAAGCUAACGAUACAUCAAUGGGGUUGGCCGCUUACUGCUUCACAAGAAACGUGAGCAGAACCUGGAGGCUCCUAGAAGGUCUGGAGGCUGGAAUGAUCGGGCUCAAUACAGGCAACUCAUCUGGUGCUGAAAAUCCGUUCGGUGGAAUCAAAAUGUCAGGCUAUGGCAAGGAAGCAGGAAAAGAUGUGGCGAUUGAAGAAUACCUGAUUCAAAAGACGGGCACCCUUACAGUUGAGGAAUCUUCGGAAUAA